UACAUACCUUUUUAAAAAUGUCCUUUGGAUAUUAUUGGAUAUUCGGAUUAAUUCAAUUAGUUUUUCAAGCACAUGUUAUAACAUGUGAAUCACGAUUCAUAAUCGUACCGGAAAGUCAAACAGUUAUUGAAGGUGAUUCAGUUACAUUCUCUUGUCAUGCUACUCCAGGUCUUAAAUACUCUUGGACUCUUAAUGGUCAUCCAAUUCAAAAUUCAUCACGUGUACAUCAAGUCGGUUCUAAUCUUCAUGUGAAUGAUAUUGUUAAGGAUAAAGAUGCUGGUGACUAUGUCUGCAUAGCAGCAACCAGUUCAAGUGGAGCACGUCAGGCAUCACCACCAGCAAGGCUCACUGUCAUAUGGCUUAAAUCAGCAAGUGUACAACUUUUAUCAACACAUAAAGAUGAAAUAAUAUUAAAAUGUCAUGUUGAUGGUUCCGGUGAAUUAGAAUAUGAAUGGUUUCGUAAUAGUGAAAAAUUACAAGAUGUACAUAAUAUACAUUUUGAUCGUAAUCGUAUUAUAAUACGUAGUCCAACAUUAUAUGAUAAUGGACAAUAUCGUUGUGUUGCAACAAAUAGUGCUGGACGUGUUAUGAGUAAAAAAGGAUAUUUAUUAAAAUGGCCAUUAUUAUCAUCACAACCAUGUAGUAAUUCAAAUGGUUCCGGUACCAAUAAAAAUAAAUCAAAUAAAUCAGAUCAAAAACAAAAAUUUUAUUUAUGCCGUGGUAAACGUGAUAAAUCACAAAAAUUAAAUGAAAUAACAAUAACACAACAACCAAAAAAGACUGUUGCCAAAGAGACUGAACAUGUUGAAUUACAUUGUAAAUAUAAUUUACCAACAAAAUAUAAAAAUAAUCAAAUUGUUUUAAAAUGGCGUAAAGAUGGUAAAAUAUUUCGGCAAGUUGAUUUAAGUGCUGCAUCAGCAACAACAAGUGAACCAAAUAUGGAAUUAAUACAUCGUGAAGAUAAUCGUGUAUUAGUAAAUCGUCAAAAUGGUUCAUUAAUUUUUAAUACAGUAAUACCAACUGAUGAUGGUAUUUAUAAUUGUCAAAUAUUUGUUGAAGGUCAUGAACCAAUAACAUCAGAAAAAGCUGAAUUAAGUAUUAUAGAAGUUUUAAAAUUUACACCACAACCGAGUACAUCAAAAAAUUUAGAAUUAGGUACUGUUGGAAAAAUACAUUGUAAGGCACAGGGUACACCAACACCACAAAUACGAUGGAUUCAAGAUAAUACAGAACAAUUACCGGAAACGAUCGAUGAUAUUAAUGGUACAUUAAUUUUUAAAAAUGUAUCAUCCGAAAAUAAAGGAAAUUAUACAUGUAUUGCAACAAAUUCUCAAGGUCAAAUAAAUGCUACAGUUAAUGUACAAAUUGUUGUUGCACCAAAAUUUGCUGUUGCACCAGAAGGACCAAUUCAAGCUGUUGAAAUGGGUGUAGCAAAUUUCCAUUGUCAAGCAAUUGGUGAUCCAAAACCGACAAUACAAUGGGAUAAAGACUUACAAUAUUUAAGUGAAAAUAAUACAGAUCAGAAUCGUUUUAAAUUUUUAGAAAAUGGUACAUUACAAAUAACUGAAGUUCAUUUAGAUGAUGAGGGACGCUAUGGUUGUACAAUUGGUAGUAGUGCUGGCCUAAAAAGAGAAGAAGUUCGUUUUAUUGUUAAACCAUCUGAAGGUUUUACAUCCGAAGAAUCUGGUGAUGGUAUACGUAUAACACGUGCUGUUUUAAUAACAAUGUCUAUUGCAUUUGCUUAUAUUGUACUUGUUGUCGGUCUUAUGUUAUGGUGUCGAUAUCGGCGUCAAGCAAGAAAAGCUCGCCUUAAUGCUGCUAAUAAAGAUAAUGUUGAAAUUGGUGUUACAGAUGGACCAAAUGGUAAAAAUGGUGAAAUUGAACCAUGUUUAGGUGCUGAAAAAAGUGCUGAUAGUAGUGGAAAAGCAAAUGGUACAGGUGGUAAAUCGAAAAAAGUUAAUGGUAAUAAUAAUCCAAAAGGUAGUGGUAAUGAAGCACAAAAAAGUGAUGAUACAAUUUCAAGUAAGGGCUCAAAAAAAUCAAAUAUAUUCGAUCAAUUAAGUGUACCACGGACCAGUUUAAGUGAUUUAGUACAAAUUGGUAAAGGUGAUUUCGGUGAUGUAUUUGUUGGUAAAAUUGUAUCAUCAGUUGUAAAAAUAAUUGAAUUAAAUGAAAAAGAAAAACAAAAAUUCGAAGAAAAAUUGACACCAGAAAAUGAAAAACGUCGUUCAAAAGGUUCAAUGGAUAAUAUUGAAGAAAUAACAGAGGAAGAAGGUUCAGAAAUUGAAAAUGAAUAUAAAUUGGUAUUGGUAAAAGCAUUGAAUAAAGUUAAAGAGGAAAAUUCAUGUCAAGAAUUUAAAAGACAAAUUGAAAUGUUCCGUGCUAUAUCACAUAAGGGUGUUGCCAAAUUAUAUGGUUUAUGCCGUGACAAAGAUCCACAUUAUUUAAUUUUAGAAUAUACUGAUUGGGGCGAUUUAAAACAAUUUCUUUUGGCAACAGCCGGUAAAGCAAGUACAACAAGUGCAACUAUACCAGCAUUACAAAAAGGACAAAUUUUAGCGAUUGCAUAUCAAUUAGCAAGAGGAAUGGAUGCCAUAUAUAGAGCUCGUUUUAUACAUAAGGAUUUAGCUGCACGAAAUUGCAUUAUAUCAAGUGAUUUUGUUGUUAAAGUCUCUUAUCCAGGAUUAUGUAAAGAUAAAUACAGUCGAGAAUAUUUUAAACAUCGAAAUUCAUUACUUCCAAUAAGAUGGUUGGCACCAGAAUGUAUUCAAGAGGAUGAUUAUACAACAAAAAGUGAUAUAUAUGCAUUUGGUGUAUUAACUUGGGAAUUAUUUAAUCAAGCCACCAAAAUACCAUUUGAAGAAUUAAGUAAUGAAGAAUUUUUAUUACAAAGCGCUGGUAAUUUAUUAAAAUGGAGUUGUGCUGAAAAUACACCAGAUGAAUUAAAAGAAAUUUUGACAACAUGUUGGAAUCAAAAUCCGAAAGAAAGACCAUCAUUUAGUCAGUUAUGUUCAGCAUUCAGUAAAGCUAUGCAAACCGGUGAUAAUUAAUUUUAAUAAUAUUUAAAUAUUUUAU